AUGCGAGUUACCGUAUCUGCCAUCAAGGCAGACGUGGGCGGAGUGGGCGGCCACACAAAGCCCAGCGACGGCCUGCUGGACGCGGUCAGGAACACCAUCGAGUCAGCCAAGGACAUGCUGAUCGACUACUACAUCGGGUACUGCGGCGACGACGUCCACAUACUCAUGACCCACACCCGGGGCACCGACGACAGCAAGAUCCACAAGCUGGCCUGGAGCGCCUUUGAGGAGGGAACCCGGGUCGCCAAGGAGGAGGGGCUCUACGGCGCGGGCCAGGACCUGCUCAAGGACUCGUUCUCCGGCAACGUAAAGGGCAUGGGUCCCGGCGUGGCGGAGAUGGAGUUUGAGGAGAGGGCCAACGAGGCGUUUGUCGUCUUUGCGGCAGACAAGACCGAGCCUGGCGCGUUCAACUACCCGUUCUACAGGCUGUUCGUGGACGCGCUGAGCAACACGGGCCUGAUCGUAAACGAGUCCCUGGCGCGGGGGGUCAUAUUCAACAUAAUGGACGUGGAGGAGGGAAAGAUAGCCCGCCUGACGCUGUGGGAGGACAAGCCCACCGUGGAGGCGGCGCUGAUGUACCCCGGAAGGUACGUGGUCUCCUCCAUCGAGACAAGGGACGGCGAGCCCAUAGUCGCCGCGUCGACUGACCGGCUGCACAACAUAGCCGGCACCUACGUGGGAAAGGACGAUCCCAUAUGCGUGAUCAGGACGCAGAAGAACUUUCCUGCCACCGAGGAGGCAGGCAGCGUAUUCAACAACCCGCACUAUGUCGCAGGCAACACCAGGGGAAGCCACAACAUGCCGCUGAUGCCGGUCCGGCUCAACUCCGCUGCCACCAUCAACUUUUGCAUCCCCAUCGUGGAGUCGCUGGUCUUCAGCAUGCACGGCGGCAAGCUCACGGGGCCCUUUGACGGGUUCUCCACCCCGGACUGGGAUCACAUACGCGAGAUCGCCACCAAGAAGGCGCUGGCGAUGAGAAGCCAGGGGUUCCUGCACCCGGCCACGCUGGUUCCAGACGAGCUGGAGUACGCCCAGGGGUACCGCGCCCGGAUGGACAUGCUAAAGGAGAAGAUGAAGCCGGUGGAGGAUGCCUCCGCGGGCCAGAAGAGAGGAUCCUACGAGGAUCCCGACUAG